AUGGCUUCCUCUUCUUCUCCUGCUUACGUUAAGAGAUUCCACGUCUUCCCGAGCUUCCACGGCGCAGAUGUCCGUAGAGGUUUUCUCAGUCAUCUACACAAUUUCUUUGCAAGCAAAGGGAUCAAGACGUUCAAAGAUCAGGAGAUCGAGAGAGGCAAUACGAUCGGACCUGAACUGGUGAAAGCCAUUAGAGAAUCCAGAAUGUCGAUCGUUUUGCUCUCUACGAACUAUGCUUCUUCGAGCUGGUGUUUAGAUGAAUUGGUUGAAAUCUUGAGGUGCAAAGAAGAUUUGGGGCAUAUGGUGAUGACUCUUUUUUACAAUGUUGAUCCAUCCAGUGUGCGAAAACAGAAGGGAGAUUUUGGUAGCGCUUUCAUGAAAACUUGUGAAGGAAAAACUGAGGAAGUGAAGCAGAGAUGGAGCAAAGCUUUGACUGAUGUUGCAAAUAUUGAAGGAGAACAUUAUAUCAACUGGGCUAACGAAGCAGAUAUGAUCAAAAAGAUUGCUACAGACAUUUCCAACAAACUGAAUCUCUCACCCUCAAGAGAUUUUGAGGGGAUGGUUGGAAUGAAAGCCCACUUGACAAAUCUGAACUCUUUGUUAUGCUUAGAGUGUGAUGAUGUGAAGAUGAUCGGAAUUUGGGGUCCUGCGGGAAUCGGUAAGACUACCAUUGCUAGAGCUCUAUACAAUCUACUUUCUAGCGAUUUUAGACUUAGAUGUUUUAUGGGGAACCUUAGAGGAGGAAGUUAUAAGAGCAAAGUGGGUGUUGAUGAUUAUGAAUCAAAGUUGGAUUUACAAAACAUCCUUCUGUCUAAGGUUUUGAGCCAAAGGGAUAUAGGGGUAGAUCAUUUAGGAAUGGUAAAACAAUGGUUGAAAGAUCAAAAAGUGCUUAUCAUUCUUGAUGAUGUAGAUGAUUUAGAGCAAUUAGAGGUAUUAGCUAAAGAACUUUCUUGGUUCGGUUAUGGAAGUCGAAUCAUCGUUACCACAGAAGAUAAAAAGAUUUUAGUGGCACACAUGAUAAACGACAUCUACCAUGUAGAGUUUCCAUCUGAUGAAGAGGCUCUUGAGAUGUUAUGUCUAUCUGCUUUCAAACAAAGGUCUGUGCCAGAUGGUUUUGAAGAGGUUGCACGUAAAGUAGCAAAGCUUUGCGGUAAUCUUCCCUUAGGCCUUUCUGUUGUGGGUUCAUCUCUGCGUGGGGAGAGCAAGGAAGAGUGGGAACUUCAGUUAUCUAGGAUCGAAUCUAGUCUUGAUAGAAAAGUUGAGGACAUAUUAAGAGUGGGGUAUGACCGACUGUCGAAGAAAGAUCAAUCUCUAUUUCUCCACAUGGCAUGCUUUUUCAACAAUACUUCUUAUGAUGUGAGAAGCAUGCUGGCUGACAGUAAUUUGGAUGUCGAAAACGGGCUGAAGACCCUAGCCGUCAAAUCUCUUGUGCAAAUCCCUUAUCAUAAUCGUAUAGAGAUGCACUCUUUGCUAGAACAAAUGGGUAGACAAAUAGUGCAUGAACAGUCUGAUGAGCCUGGGAAACGUCAAUUUUUAGUAGAGCCCCAAGAAAUUCGUGAUGUAUUAGCAAAUAAAACAGGUACUGGAUCUGUCAUAGGUAUAUCACUUGAUAUGUCCAAGAUGGACGAGUUCUCUGUAAGUGGGCGAGCCUUUGAAGGAAUGCGUAAUCUCCGUUUCUUAAGAAUCUAUGGGAGCCAAUUGGGGAUAUCAGAAGAAAUGGAAUAUCUACCUCGUCUAAGGUUACUAUGGUGGCCUUAUUACCCGAGAAAACGUCUUCCUCAAAAAUUUCAACCUGAAUGUCUCAUCAGGCUCUUUAUGUCAUUCAGCAAUCUCGAAAAGCUCUGGGAUGGAAUCCAGCCCCUUCCUAAUCUCGAGGAGAUACAUCUGGAAUUUUCUGCAAAGUUGAAAGAAAUCCCAAAUCUUUCCAAGGCUACUAGUCUCAAGACACUAUAUCUUAAGGGGUGCACAAGUUUGGUGGAGCUUCCGUGCUCUAUUCAAAAUCUACACAAACUGGAAAAGUUGAAGAUGAAUGGCUGCGUAAAGCUAAGAGUUAUUCCCACCAACAUCAACUUAGCAUCUCUUGAGGAAGUCAAAAUGAAUGGUUGCUCACGAUUGAGAAGCUUUCCAGAUUUUUCUAGCAACAUAAAACAUCUUGAUGUAGGAAACACAAGUAUAGAAGAUGUUCCUGCAUCCGUUGCUGGACGUUGGUCUCGUGUAACGGAGAUAAACCUAAGCAACAUUGGCAUAAAGAAGAUUCCAGAUUGUAUCAUAGGUCUCCUUCAUCUGACAGAUCUUAUCAUCCGAAACUGCAGAAAGUUGGAGUCACUGCAGAGUCUUCCCCCUUCGCUUUUGAAACUGGAUGCAGCUGGUUGUGGAUCGCUCAAAAGUGUAUGUUUUUGGCUCUAUGAACCAAGAGCGUGUAUCACUGUAAACGACUCCAAGUGUGUUAAAUCGGAGAAAGACACGAAAAGAGUAUCUUCCCCCACUUUCUACAAUCCAAUCAGAGAAGUGAGCUUCCUCAACUGUCUGUCACUUUCUGAAGAAGCAAGAAGAGUAAUCAUACAACGAUGGGCUUACAUGUCUGUAAGCUUACCAGGCAAACAAGUCCCUGCUGAUUUCACUCACAAAGCCAAAGGAAACUCCAUAACCAUCUCUUCAGGGACUUUCUCUGUGUCCUCGAGAUUUAAGGCUUGCCUCUUGCUUACUCCAACCGGUCAGGUUUUAGACAUCGCUCGUGUUGUCUGUCGUCUAAUAAGCAAAAGGGUUAUCAUCAAUGAGCUGGAAUACUGCCCUUCGGCGAGACUGUCUCGGUGCCUUGAAGUAGAUGCGACUACCAGCGAGAUUCUAACUGAACACCUGUUCGUGUUUUCUGGGAGCCUGUUUAAAUGCGUUGAAGUAGAUGCAACUACCAGCGAUAUUUUUUUUGAAUUCAGCUGUGACGUAAACGAUGCAAAUAUUAUUGAGUGCGGUGUACAAAUCUUGAGGGACGAAGUUGAGAGUAGUAGCAGAAAACGGAAAGAGCCGAGUGAUGGAGCCGUCGAGGUCUGCAAAGAUGGUUGGUGGAGUAGGCUUAAGAGCUUGGUCUGA